AUGCCGUCACCAGCACCAUCGCAUGCAAUCGCAACCCCCCGUCCGACGCUCAUAUUCGCAAUCGCCAGUGACGACGUUGACGAAGUCCGCCGUGUGCUAGAGAGUGGCGAAGCUGGGCCUAACGAUGCUGUGGGACCACAGAGCGCGUUAGCCUUUACGCUCUCCAAUGAUGAGCUGCAGAACAAGCUGGGGAUCGUUAAGGCCCUACUCGAACACGGCGCCGAUCCUGCGGGUCUCACGGCUACGCCAACCCAAAAGCACAAGCGACGUAUCUCUUCCUCGGGCGAACCUCCGCUACCAGCUGUUGUAUUGGAGUCGCUCGAUCCUGCUACGAAGUACUACAUCGAACGCGCCGACGACCCAGUGACGCGCAAGGCGACUGGCUUGUUGAACCGCUCGUUCUUCAGGCCACUUGCACGUGGGCUUAACUAUCAGUUGAUAGGCCAAGAUCGUGCCCUCGAGCAACUGUACCGCGUGUUGAGUAUUCACUCUCACCAACCGAAUGCCCCGCCGAUGGUCGUCAUGUUGUGUGGUCCCAGUGGGCUCGGCAAGAGCUUCUUGGCGGACAAGUUUGGAGCACUCCUCGACGUUCCGACUCAUACCGUGAACAUGACCGCUAUCAAUACACCCCGCGAUCUAUGGCAGUCGUAUUCGCUCUCGUCGCAGCAGGAGGAGAAUUCAGACAAGACGCUGGCUCAAUUCCUCGUCGCGAACGAGAAGAAGCGUUGCGUCGUCGUCCUCGACGAGAUCGAGAAGGUACAAGACGAGAAGACGCUAUGGUCUCUGUUGAUGCCUUGGGAACUUGGUCGAUGCUCGUUCGAUGCCGGGGGUCGCACGGUCGAUACGAGGAACGUGGUCUGGAUUGGGACCUCCAACCUGGGGCAUGAUCUCGUCUUCGAGCAUCAUGAUGCCCGGGACAACACCCAGAAAACGAUGUCUCGAGAGGAAUACAUGGCGCUCAUGGCCCUGCUCAGACCACGCAUAUCUGACCGUCUCGGGGCAUCAUUAGUCUCGCGCAUCUCGGCGCUGCUGCCCUUCGUGCCGUUCACGGACGACGAAAAGCGGGCGCUCGCGGCCGAAUCUUUGUACACCAUCAUGGGCGAGGGCGCGGGCACGCUGGAACCAUCGGUCGUAAAUUCUAUCAUUAACGGGGCGCUGGGCGACUACUCCAUCUUGGAGGGCGCCAGGUCCCUGUACAGAUCUGUCUCGUAUCAGCUAGUAGAUGCCAUUUGA